AUGAUCUUUUUAAAACUAUACAAACCUUCAAUAGCUAAAUGCAGACCUAAGUUAUUAUAUAUAUCAAAUAGGUCUAAAAAUUCCUUGGAUUUAUGGGAUCACGAUUUAUCCACUGAAAACAAAUUGAAUAUUGAAAAACAUUGGGCAGAAAAAGUUUUAUAUAUUGAUGAUGACAAAACUAAAAAAAACUUUUAUGUUUUACCAAUGUUUCCAUAUCCAUCAGGUAAUUUACAUAUGGGUCAUGUAAGAGUAUAUUCAAUAUCAGAUGCUAUUACAAGAUUUCAAAAAUUAAAUGGAAAUAAUGUUAUUCACCCUAUUGGAUGGGAUGCAUUUGGCUUACCUGCUGAAAAUGCAGCAAUUGAACAUAAUAUUUUACCUCAUAUAUGGACAAACACUAAUAUAUCUACUAUGAAAGAACAACUUCUUCAAUUAGGAUUCAAUUUUAAUUGGGAUAGAGAAUUCAGUACUUGUGACCCUAAGUAUUAUAAAUGGACUCAGUAUAUUUUCUUAAAAUUAUAUGAAAAUGGACUGGCUUACCAAAAUAAGGCAAACGUAAACUGGGAUCCAGUAGAUGCUACAGUUUUAGCAGAUGAGCAGGUAGAUGAUAAUGGAUGUUCUUGGAGAUCAGGAGCAAAAGUUGAAAAAAGAAUUUUGACUCAAUGGUAUAUAAAAACUACAAAAUAUGCAAAAAAAUUGUAUGAUGGAUUGAAUAGUGAGAAGCUAGAAAACUGGAAAGAUAUCAUUAAUUUGCAAAAGCAUUGGAUUGGUGAAUGCAAUGGCAUCAUUGUAAAUUUUACUGUAAAACAUGGAAAGAAGAAUAAACUUUUAGAUGUUUGGUCAUCGGAGCCAUAUAAAUUUAUUCAUGGUCAGUAUUUAACUAUGAGUACUAGUAAUAUAUUAUUACAAGAAUUAUCUGCAGAGGAAAAAAAUAAUCUGAAAUGCUAUAAUCCAAUCACUGAUUCCGAUAUGAAUGUUUACAUUGUUGAUCAUGAACAUUACCCAGAGGGUAGAGACAUAUACAUUGCUUCUCCUGCUUAUAAUGAAGAAGAUUAUAAAUUAUCUGUGAUGUUAAACAUUAAUACAACAAUGAAAAAAAAGUCAUUUGAUUUAGAUUCAGAAAAUGAAAAGGCUGUUACAAUUGCUCAAAGUAAGAAGGUUGGUGGUUAUUAUGUCAGUUCAAAGUUAAAAGACUGGCUGAUAUCUAGACAAAGAUUUUGGGGCACACCAAUACCAAUUAUCCAUUGUCCUAAUUGUGGUACCAUACCAGUACCUUAUGAACAGCUUCCAGUUCUCUUGCCUGAAAAAAAGUCUGGUGAAUCACGAAUCUCAACACUAUCAAACGUACAAUCCUGGUUAAACUGUAAAUGCCCUAAAUGCAAAGGAGAUGCUCAGCGAGAAACAGAUACUAUGGAUACUUUUGUUGACUCAUCUUGGUACUAUUAUCGAUUUCUUGAUAAUAAUAAUGACCAAAAACCAUUUGAUAAAGAAAAAUUGAAUGGAGUUACACCUGUGGACUGUUACAUAGGAGGCAAAGAACAUGCGGUACUACAUUUAUACUAUGCACGUUUUAUGAGCUAUUUCCUACAUUCUAUUGGAUUAACGCCUACAGAAGAACCUUUUAAUAAAUUGUUAGUACAAGGUUUCAUCAUGGGACAGUCUUACAAAGUUAAAUCGUCGGGAAAAUAUUUACCUCCAGACAAAGUUGAAAAGGUAGGAAAGAACUAUGUAGAAAAGGAAUCAGGUGAACCAGUUUUAGUACAAUGGGAAAAAAUGAGCAAAUCUAAACAUAAUGGGGAAAAUCCUCAAAGGCUUUUAUCAAUGUAUGGAUGUGACACGACGCGUCUUUUAAUACUAGCUGAUGUUCCACCAGCAACGCCAAGGCAUUGGUCAGAUGCUACUUUACCUGGAGUAUUAAAUUGGCAACACAGGAUAUGGAUUACUAUGAGAGAUUUCUUGAAGCACAGAUCGUCCUAUAAUAUCAAUGAUAACAAAAAAAUGUCUUCUGAAGAAUUUCAUGACAUCGAGUCUAAAUUAUGGAAUUCAAGAAAUUAUUUUAUAGCAACUGCAACAUACCAUUUCAAAUACACUCAAAAACUUAGUGUAGGAAUAUCUCGUUUACAGAGUUUAACUAAUGUUUUAAGGAAUAACAUUCCACCUGAAAUAAUCGCGAAUAGUAAGGAAUUUGAGCGUUCAUUGGCUUAUUUGAUUAUAAUGCUAUCCCCUAUUACGCCACAUUUCUGUUCCGAGCUGUGGGCUGGAUUCCAAUCGGCACCUAACAGGGUAUCUCAGAGUAUAAGCGGAAUUGAUUGGGAUAAAGGUGUACUUCAACAGACAUGGCCUAAUGUAGAUGAAAAUUUUCCACUAUCUUUUCAAUGCAAAGUUGAUGGGAUAGAUAGAUGUGAAUUAAAAGUAGAAGCUCAAGAACUUCCAAGUAUAAAUGCUGAAAAGGCUUUGCAAAUGAUGCUGGAACAAAAAGCAGUUGCAGACAGGAUAAAGACAAAUAUAACAAGAACCAAAUACGAACUGUAUCCGGAUUGUCGCGCUAUAUUGCAUAUAUACACAGAUAGACAUGUGAAACCCAAACAAAAAGAUAGUAAAGAAGAAGAAAUUGCCAGAUCUCAAGCA